AUAAUUUCUUGGUUCGAAUUGAAGAUUUCUUCAAUCAUUAAAAGCUUCCUCUCAAUUAAUACAUAAAUAAUUAUAAUAAAUUAACAAUAUUGCGAACUAAUUUUGUCUUUCUGAUUUCAUGUGAAUUUAAAUUUAUUCAAAAUUGAUAAUCUAUUAGUUUAACAAUUCAAACGAUGUAAUAGUUCAAUGUUGAGUUACAAUAAAAUCGGAUGCGCGAUUCAAUGUUUAUGGUGAUUAUGAUUCUUGAUGGAUCAACUCAGUUUACUUUUUCUUUCCCAGAACUAACAUUACCUUACAUUUCAACCUGAAAGUUUUGUUAAAAAAUAACUACAAACAUUUUCAUCAGUUAAAAGUGAAUCAAUCAGUUGACGAUACCAAUCAAACAUAAUAUUAAUCAUCUGAAUUUUAAUAAACAGUAAAAGUUAUGAAUUCAUCGCAUUUAACUUUGUGUUGAUUAGUUAUCGUUUCAACAUCAUAUUAAGUUAUGAAAAGUUGCUCUCGUUAAUUGUUAUCAGUUAAAUUCAGUGUAGAGCUACAUUCAGUCCUCAAAUUUCGUAGUUAGCUAAUAAGUUCCGCCAUUAUAAACUUUCAUCUCGUGGACUCCCGUGUAAACCAAUUAUGUCUCAUCAUUCGGAAUCAAGUUUAAGUCGUGAGAGCUCCGAUUUAACAUCAUCGCAGCUUCAUCAAUCUUUAGCUGAUUCAAUUGAAGAAGCUGUUAAUAAGUCUAACAAUUGUUUUGCAUUUAUUCCGGAAAUUAUUCGGGAAUCUCAUUCCUGUAUGUGUAAUACACGUAAAUUAAUGUCAACUUUGGGACGAGAAACAAUCAUAAGACCAACAAGUUGUGUUGAUAAUUGUGAUUCCAGUAUCGGAAAAAUUUUACCAAGUGAUUUAUCAACAAACCCCACAGUGGCUACAUUUCCGCAAGAACAAAUAUCAGAAGUGAAAAGUUCAUCAUCAACCCCAUCUCCAUCUAAAUUAAGUCCAAUUCAAGAUGGUUAUCAACAUUUAUCAUCAUUGGAAUCAAUUCGUAUUCUAAUGCAAACUUCAUCUCAUGAAAAGUCCAUUCUAAGUGGUCAACGUCAUCGACCCAUUGUUGUCAUUGGAUCGGAAGGUGUUGGUAAAUCAAUGUUACUCAGUCAAGUUUUCACUUAUUGUUCCGAUUGGUUAUCAGCUAAUUGUGAUGUUAUCAAGGUUGUUCGACACAUUGGACAAAGUCCAUCUUCAUCUUACACCUCUGAGCUUAUAAGAUCUCUAUGCAUUGACAUUACCCUUCUCUAUGGAUUCGAAAUGAGAACUGAUAUUGUCUAUGAACUUUCCUCACUUUCCCUGUGGUUUCAUGAUUUACUUAAGCUCAUUGAGACAACCUGUCCAACCAAUGAUUUAGUAAUUGUUCUUGAUGAUCUACAUCUUCUUAAAUCACUUCAAACCUCAACAAUUCUCGGAUGGUUACCAUGGACUUUACCUCCUUCUGUUCAUCUAAUCUGUUCUGUUUCUGAAUCAGCUGAUUCAGUUGUUAGUCUACUUAAAUCACGAAUUCCAAGUGACAAUGUAAUCAAAUUAUCUCCAUUAGAAUCAACAUCACAAAUCCUCUCAAUGAUUUCAUGUAGACUAACAUACAGCCAAUCAAUACCAAUAGACCAACAAUCAUCUCUCCAAGAGGUACAUCAAGAAUCAGCAAAAAGUUCAACUGAAACAUUGUUAUUACCUGAUAGUAUUUGGAACCUUUUAAGUGAUCAUUUCAAUUCAAUAGAUCUGAAAGAUAAUCAAUUGACACCAUUGUAUGUUUCAUUACUAACUGAUUCAAUACUCAAGGGACUAAUGGUCAAGCCAACAACAGCAACAACAACAACAACAACAUCAUCAACAAUGAUGAUGACAGAAUCAAGUGAUAAAAGUAAUGAUAAUGUCACUUGUAAACUUGAAUUAACUGAUAUUCCUGUGAACAUUGAACAGAUUAUUGAUAAAAUUAUUAAUGAUCUAAAGAAAACGUUAAGCUGUUCAGUAAUUGAUCGCCUAUUGACCUACUUAUCAGGUACACGUUAUGGAUUAAGGGAGGAAGAAUUGAUUGAUCUCAUUGGAGGUGAUGAAAAUAAUAAUAUUAGUGGUCAACCUGAGGAACAAGUUAAGAAAGAUAAUCUCAAUGAGAAUGAGGAUAAAAAAGGUUAUUUUGAUUCAUUAUCAGAAACAACAUCCAAAUCCAUUUGGCCAGAGAUUAAGAUGAAGUUAACUCCCUUUUUGAAGGAAUAUUUUAUACUUGGACGUCCUUAUAUCCAUUGGUCACAUCGGAUUAUCUGUGAAACAGUUAAAUCUCGUUACACUGUCGAACCAUUUGAUUACAAGAAGAUACAUUCAAAGCUUGCUGAUGCUUUUCUACUUGGAUUUAAUGAGGUUCUUGCUAAUCGUGAUUCUCAAAUUGACAAGAGCUAUUUACGAUCUGACCUUUCGUCGGACAUGUUACGUGAAAUCGAUGAACUUUGGUUCCAUUUACUUUCGUGUAUCGAUAUAUACAAAUUAAAGGCUAACGCACUUCUUAAUAUUGACUUCAUGAUGUCCGCAGUUCAAAGUUCAUCAAUUUCAUAUUAUCGAUCAGUAUUGGAAUUGGUUCGUGGUCGAAUCAUUGAUUGGGAAGUUGAUCUUUUAUACCAUAUGACCAAACAAUCGGUCAACAUUGUCUCUCAAAAUACUGACCAAUUAUCAAUUGAGAUACUUUUAUGGUUAAGACCUUUUGCUGCUGCAAUAGCAGAAUCAACAAGUGGAUUAUCAGUAAACACAAUCGGCUCAAAAUUGAUGGCCAAAAGUCCGACAGAUGUAAAUAACCAUGAUAAUAAUAAAGAUAAUAAUAAUAAUAGUCCAGCCUGUGCACCGAUAAGCCGUUUCUUUGAAUCUAAAUACCUUGAGAAUCUUGUUCGCGAUACAGUUAAUUGGUGUUCUCGUUAUCCUGGUCCCAUGUUAAUACCAAUUAACUCAUGGCUUCAUUUACCUCUUCCAAUGCAAGUCUCUGUGAUAUCAUGUCCAUUUCCGAUAACCCGUGCAACCUUAACAAGUGACCAUCAGAAUUUAAUCUUUUGCAAUAAAAAGUUACUUCAUUUCUUUAAUCUUGCUUCAAAAACUUUAAUUAAAUCGAUCGAAGGUCACCGAGAAACCAUUACGUGCCUAGAUAUUUCCUCGACUGGACGUUAUCUGGUUACAGGUAGCGAGGAUACUUCUGUGAUCUUAUGGGAAAUUGACACGGAAGGUGAAAUUGAAUGUAACAUGAGAUACCGAUUAGGUCACCAUGUAGCUGGAGUUUUGUGCACAGCGAUAACUCAUAAUGAAGAGUUCAUCUUAUCAGGCUCUGAGAUUGGAGCGGUUUGUGUUGUACGAUUAGAAAGUGGCCUUCUAAUUGGACGACUGGAGCAUCAUCGUGGUAUGAUAACAUGUAUCAAAGUUAAUUCUGAUGAUGAUAUUUUCGCCACUGGGUCAACCGAUUGUUCAGUAACAAUCUGGUCUCUGGAUAGUUUCUGUGUUCUCAAUCAAAUCUUCCUACCCAAAGCAAUACUUCACAUGGACAUUUCAAUGGAUUCAACUUUCCUCAUGCUUGCCCUGGAGGAUAAUAAGGUUCACAUAAGAUCCUUAAUAACAGGAUCAGAAGUUCAUAUUUUAUCAGAACAUCAAAUCAAUUCCAUUGUGAGUUAUGUUAAAUUUGCUGAGGAUUCAAGUCGAGCCAUUUUGGGAACCGGUGAUGGAAAGUUACACAUUUACGAUGUCCACUCUGCCCAUUUGACCCAAACUCUCACCUCUCAUCAGGAUAUGAUAACUUCCAUCAUAAGUCAACCUUGUGAUAAAUAUUUACUUACCUGUGGAACAUCAAAAAUAAUAAUCUGGAACUUUUAUGCUCGAAAAAAGGUUGAAUCUUCUUUAGGUGUUUCUUCUGGUCCAGUAUCUAAUUUGUAUGCAACAACAUCCGCAUCAAUUGUUAAUUCAUCAACAAAUAUCAAUGCAAAUUCAUCAUCAUCAACAGCAAAUAAUAUCACCAACAAUGAACCAAAUAACAAUACCAAUAUAAACCUUAAUAAUAAUAAUACUAACCUUAAUUUCAAUGCAACCACAACAACAACAUCAAGUAUCAACACCAACAACAGUAACUACAAUGUUAAUAAUAAUGAUAUUAUAAAUAAUAGUGUUAAUGGUAAUAAUAAUAAGGUAAAUUUAAAUGCUUCGGUUAAUAAUAAUAAUAAUGGUAAUUUAAUUGCUCCAACCAAUGGUUCAACUGCGAUCGUUUCAUCAUCAACGACAACUUUAAAUGCAAAUUUAACUAAUUCACGUACCAUUGGAAGGUCAUCUUUGACCCAAUCUAAUCGUUCAGGUGAUCAAGACUCUUGUACAAAUAUCUCUUCUCGCUCAUCUUCCCUGAAGGUGAAAAAGUUUGAACAACAUUCUGAUCCAAUUACCUGUCUGUCAGUUUCAAGGGAUGGCACCUAUGCAGUUACAGGUUCUCGAGAUUUUCUGGUCAAAGUUUGGAACCUUUCCUCUGGUGAAACUCAUGCAACCCUUUGUGGUCACUCUGGUUCCAUAACCUGUGUUACCUUUUCACCAAAUGGUUUUUUCUGUGUCUCCGGAUCGGAAGAUAAAUCAAUCCGUGUAUGGUCACUAACCCUUGGUUUGAAGGUUUUCAUUUACACUGACCACUCAAGUCCAUUGACCUCAAUUUUUGUUAGCAAUGACUCUCGACGAAUACUUUCCGUUGACACUUCUGGCUGUCAUCGCCUCUGGAAAGCCGAUACAGGUAACACUCUGGUCAGUACGGUUAAAACGGUCAACAUGGUCAACAUGUUUGGUAACACGGUAUUUUCAGUUGGCGGUAAAAAUGAUAACAGUUUACGAUAUUGGUCAGUUUAUGAACCCGAUCUUGAGAAAUCAGUUUCUCAUAGUGAACCGAUAACAUGUUACACUUGUACCUACGAUGGGUCAACAAUUAUCACUGGUUCACAAGAUAUGUCAUUAAAGGUAUGGGAAGUGUCCACCGGUAAACUGACCCAAGUACUUGUUGGUCAUGAAGAGCCAAUAUCAUGUGUCUCCUCGGCUCCAUUAAUCCAAUCAAUGGUUGUCUCUGGAUCACAAGAUUGUAAUCUAAUUGUUUGGGAUACGACCACAGGUAAUGUAACCUUUACACUUACUGGACACACUGCGACAAUUUUAUCGGUUCAACUGUCAAUUGAUGGUCGAGUUGCCAUCUCUGCAGCCGAGGAUAAUACAAUAAUGGCCUGGAAUGCACUUGAAACUGGUCAACGAAUCGCUCUGGUUGAUAUUCAUCACACAAUUUCCCAUAUCGGAUUAAGUUUAAGUUUAAAUCAAAUUGUUGUACAAUUAAAAAAUAAUAAUCUACUUCCUAUCAUCAAGUUUCAUAAUAAUCCAGCCAAAACUAUGACACUUGACCUUCCGCUUCCGGGAACACCCAAUGAAGAUAAAUUAUCAUCGCACCUUAAAAGUUUCCUAACAGGAGCAAAUCGUAAAUUGGUUGGUCGUGGUAAUCUUAAACGAGAGCAAUCAUUUGAUUCAUUUUGCUGGGAUCAACUUCACCGAGGUGUUAGUAUUGAUGAUUUCAGGAAAAUAUCCGCUCUUCAGGCCAAUACUGGAUCACCGAUGGGAUCUCGUGAUAAUCUUGCCACAGCGGGUAUCAUUUGGGAUGGUACAGGGGUCACAUCAAGUUUAACGGGAAACGAUCGUAACUAUAAUCGCCUCUUAAGACUAAGCAAUAAACCCGCUGGACCAAAGCAGAAAAUGUUGAAAAAACAACAGUCCAUGUUUGCCUUUUUCCCGGAACAUUCAACACCUUCAACCUUUACCACCACUGUACCCACCCCACCAGUUACAGCUCUACGUGUAGCCUCAUCCAUGGUACCUACAGGGUUACCUUUAACUGCUUCUGUUCAACUUUCAACUAUACCAACAACAGAAUUACCAACCCAAUUGGCCACAACAUCUUCUACAGGUCAAAAUGUAACCGAUCCCAUCACUCAUUCACCACUGGUCAAACCAUUGACACCUAAAAAACUGACCCAUGCACAAGGUCGUCCACCUUCAAGAUCACAAAGUCUUGAGGAACAACAAACCGAAUCUGUAUCAACCAAACUUCAAAAACAGUCGAAAACUUUUGAUCCAAAUGUCCAAGAAAAAUAAUAAUCAACUUAAAUGUUAUUAUAAUCCUUUUGCCAUUGAUAAUCCCUUUAUAUUGUUUAUCUAAAAUUAAAUGUUACCUCACACAAUACAAACAAUGUUUGUUUUUAGUAAUUUAAAAGCACCAAAACAAUAUAAAAACAACAACAAUUUAAAUCUCAACAGUAAAAUCAAAUUAAUAGCAGAGCACAAAUUUAGACACAAAACUAUUAAUCCCACAUUCAAACAAUUAAAACUAAUCUUUGUAACUUUAUCGAUCUCUCAAUGUAACAAUUAACCUCGUAAUUGUAAUUCAACCGAUCUCAUACAAACUAAACACUCUCCCCAUAAUAAUAAAUAUUACGUUUAUGUUGUAAAGUUUAAAGGUUAUUGUUAAUAAAUAUCUUCUUUUAAUUGACCAUUACUGAUGGUCCAUCAGACAAA